AUGGGGAAGCUCCUCCAGAUUGCAAUCGGCCAAUUUGACAGUCUUUGGGAUCUUAAAAUCCGGCACCGCGAAAAUCUAGAAGGCCUCGUUGAUGCAGGCGACGCCGUUCCCCCAGUAGACGCACUCAACGACGCUGUUCUCAAAGCACUCUCUGCCCAGGGAGAAGGACAGGCCGACAAGGCGGCCGCCGGGGUUCUUCCAGACGGUCUCCGAGAUGAGGCGGCCGGAGGAGAUGAAGAUGCGGAGCUUCCGGAGGGCGGACUCGGCGUAGAGCUGCCCGAUCUUGGCGGAAAUUUAUACGAGGGCCGAUUGUCGUUUUGGUCUAACUAG